UCCUGUUUUCCUGUAGAUGCAAGAACAAGACCUCAACGAUAGACCCUGAGAAGCUUUGAACCGCUGCUUAGUUUCAGUAACACCAGAUUGGAUGGAAGGUAUUUGAAAUAUUCCAGUGCUCCCUCUAAGCAGAGCGCCCCGCACAGAGUUAAAAUACAGUCAAGGGAAGUAGAGCUGAAUUCCUGGAUGCCAAGAUGAGUCCAAACAUAAAGGCGGCCCAGCAUAUUCUGGUUAUUUUACUCAUGAGUAGCGGCAUAUGGUGUCAAGACCCUGAAUACUUAGCACGGUUAGAAUACUUUUAUGAAUGCCCGAAAGAGUGCAAAUGCCCUGGUAGAUACUCUAACUCCCUGUACUGCGACAACAGAAACAUCAAGGAGAUGCCACUGAUACCAUCGAGAGUCGUGUAUGCGUACCUUCAAAACAACCUCAUUGACGCAAUUUCAGAGAAGUCCUUCAAAAAUGAGACGCAGUUGAAGUGGCUAAACUUGAACAAAAAUAAGAUCACAAGCAGCAACAUAUCUAAAGGUCUAUUUAAGAAGAUGGGAAACCUGCUCUACCUGUACCUUGAAGAUAAUGACCUGGAUGAAGUACCUUCGCCCCUGCCGAGCAGCCUAGAACAGCUUCGGCUCGCCAGGAACAAGAUCUCCAGCAUCCCGGAGGGAGCUUUCUCAAACCUAGAGAAGCUGACAUUGCUUGACCUCCAGAGCAACAGAUUGAAGGACCUUGUCAUUCAGCCGAGUACGUUCAAAGGACUGAAGACGCUACUGCAGCUCAACCUGGCCUACAAUGACCUCACAGCCAUGCCUGAGCAGGUGCCCAUUUCGACUCUGCAGCUCUAUCUGGACAAUAACUCCAUCAAGGAGAUACCGUCGGGCUACUUCAGCGGGCUGCCGAAGCUGUCCUUUCUCAGGCUAAAUCACAAUGAGAUUUCCGAUACCGGAAUUCCAGAAAUGGCUUUCAAUGUGUCUUCCAUAAUAGACCUGCAGCUGUCGUACAAUCAGCUCACCACAGUUCCCAUCAUUCACUUCAGUCUGCAGCACCUGCACCUGGACCACAACCAGAUCAAAAAGAUUAAUGGACCUCAAAUCUGCCCUGUUCCCGUCAACACCAUUUAUCAGAUGCCCAUCGGAGACCAUCAGCCUCAGCUCCGUUAUCUCCGUCUCGAUGGCAACGGAAUUAAACCGCCCAUUCCGCUCGAGCUCAUGAUGUGUUUCAGGCUCCUUUCUGCCAUUGUGAUUUAAAAAGAGGGUAAAAUAUGCUCUGCAAAUCACUUUGGUGAGAGAAAAAAAGAAAACACAAGUCUUGCUGGUCUUGUACUUGUAGGUUGAAAUGAUUCCUAUCUUCUAAACUGGAAAAUAGGUGAUAAUAAAUAAUCUAGUAUUGGCAUAAACUGUGACCAGUUAUUAACAGUAGCAUUGGUGGAAAUUCAAGUACAUUAGUAUUGAAUUAUUAGUGAGAGGUCUUCUUUUUGAAUAAAACGUCUGAUCAAUAAAUGGACAGCCGAGUCCCAGAAUCGUUGUUCAGGUAGUUUCCCUGUCGCAUUAAAACAUCGACAGAGCGUACAUUGAAAACAAAAUAAUUUUUCAUUUCUAUCUCAUAUGAAUAAUGACAAUGGUUACCUUUAAGCAAUGUUGUAGGCAUUUCCUUGAGAAAAGUUAAGGCAGAGUUGCUUGAUUGUUGCUUAUUCCUCUCCUUCUUCGCACCGUUUUCGCUCCUUUUCAGACCUUAGGAUGCCAACAGCAUUUCUCACACAAUAAUGAAGGGAAAAUGGAAAUCCGGCAUGCACGUAGAAAAUGUAGUCAAUACACAUCAAUAAGACCAUGAGACAUAGGAGCAGAAUUAGACCAUUUGUCCCAUCGAGUCUACCCUGCCAUUCCAUCAUGGCUGAUUGAUUAGCCUUCUCAAUCCCAUUCUCCUGCCUUCUCCCUGUAACUUCUGACAUCCUGACUAAUCAAUAACCUAUCAACCUUCACUUUCAAUAUACCCAUUGACUUGGCCUCCACUGUCAUCUGUGGCAAUGAACAGCAAAGCUUCACCUCCCUCUCGCUGAAGGAAGUCCUCCUCAUCUCUGUUCUAAAGAGACACCCUUCCGAUCUGGGAGGGGUGGUUGCCAUCUGCUCCAAGACACCCCCACUGUAGGAGACGUCCUCUCCACAUCCACUCGAUCUAGAUCUUUCAAUAUUCUAUAGGUUUCAGUGAUAGGUUCUGUGAGGGGAUUAAUUGGCUCUUUCAGGACUGAGAUCAGAAGAUAUUAGUUGUGUGAGAAUGUAGAUGAAAACAAAGCUAGGUAUACUGGGGAGGGGGCGGGAUAUCCUGGAUAGAAGGCUCACAGAGCAUUUGAAACAAAUUUAUUUUGAGAUACGGUGUGGAACUGAUUCUUCCUGCCCAGAAAGCCGCAAACCAGCCAGUAAACCCAAGCCUAAUCACAGGACAAGUUACAAUUAACCUACUCACCUUUUGGAAUAUGGGAGGAAACCAGAGCACCCUGAGGAAACCCACAUGGUCGGGGAGAACGCACAAACCCCUUACAGACAGCGCAGGAAUCGAACACCAAACUCUGACGGCCUGUGCUAACUGCCAUACUACCCGUGGUGCCCACAAAGCUCAAUUGAAGCCAACUCACUUCAAACUCUUCUCAGCAAUGAUCAAAUAGAAUGGCAGAAAAGGUUUGAGGAUACUCUUGUUCAUCCAUUAUCACUGCUAAUCCCAUCUGUGGUUGCCCAGUCCAUAAAACUCCUUUCCCUGAUGCUUUUAUCUGAGGAGAAAAAAGGCUGGUGUAUGUUUUGGGUAGAAUUUGUACACAAAACAUUGGAUGUGUGCCUGAGGACCCUUACCCCAGAGAGCUGUGGGCCGAGUGCUUGAUGAUAGAAUUAAGCUGACGAGCUCUGUUUCCAUCAGCGCAAUCAAAUUGAAUCAAAUAGCUUACUUCUGGCUCACGAAGUUUCUCUAAAGGUUUUCUUUCCCAAAGCCCACCUUGCCUUUCUGCUGUCAAAUGUGUUCAGACCACUUGCUGCAACAUUUCAAAGCAUUUUGCACAUUCUUGAAUUACCUCAAGCCUCUGGACUUCAUCCUCCACUCG